ACGCCGGAUCAGAGCAGGGUGCAGCUCCACUAGAGAAGGAAGCGGAGUUUCCGGCUCCUUGCAGCGGAGGGAGAGGACUGCUGACGCCGCGAAACCCCCGUGAAGAACGCCACAGGCUUGGGGGGGACCACUGUCUGGAGCAUAGGUGGUGGUUGUUGUUUUCAUUCAUAUCGGGGGAUCUGGGGGCCUGAUAUUUCUGGAGGCCGAGGGGGAAGGCAGCGAUAGGUGCUAAGAAGCGGCGGUCAGAAGGCGGGGGUGAGCCACUACCAUCUACCGGCAUGGCCAGGGACUACGAUUACCUCUUCAAGCUGCUCAUUAUCGGGGACAGCGGGGUUGGGAAGAGCAGUCUCCUGCUUCGGUUUGCAGACAACACAUUCUCAGGUAGCUAUAUCACAACCAUCGGUGUGGAUUUUAAGAUCCGAACAGUAGAAAUUAAUGGGGAGAAGGUGAAGCUACAGAUCUGGGACACGGCAGGGCAGGAGCGCUUCCGCACCAUCACCUCGACGUAUUACAGGGGGACGCACGGGGUCAUAGUGGUAUAUGACGUCACGAGUGCCGAGUCGUUCGUAAAUGUGAAACGGUGGUUACACGAAAUCAACCAGAACUGUGACGAUGUGUGCCGAAUAUUAGUGGGAAAUAAAAACGACGACCCCAACUCCAAAGUGGUGGAGACGACUGACGCGCAGAAGUUCGCGGAACAAAUGGGCAUCAACCUGUUUGAGACGAGCGCAAAAGAGAACAUCAAUGUCGAAGAGAUGUUCAACUGCAUCACGGAGCUCGUGUUGAGAGCCAAGAAGGAGGUUCUGGCCAAGCAGCAGCAACAGCAGCAGAACGACGUGGUCAAACUCACCCGGAACAGUAAACGAAAGAAAAAGUGCUGCUAGCAAAGUGGAAGCCUUCAACCGACCGGGUGGGGACGGCGGCUUCCUUUCUCCCGCGCAAACACACAACAGGACUCAGAGCAUCUAAAUUAAAGAGCAGAUAAAGAUUUAAUGAAUAUACAGCGAAAGAAAAAAAAUAACGGGAAUUGUCCACUUUGGACAUGCAAAUCAUGAAGACUUAAAAAAUAUGUACAGAUUUUAUUAGACGCCAGAUUUUUAGUUGGAAUUAUGCAGAUGGGCUCUAUUGAACUAUGGUCCGCCAUUCUUAAAGGAUCUGCAAGAUGAUGAUGAUGAUGAGGAGGAGGAGGAGGAGGAAGAUGUCAACUGACCGCCAUAUUGCUCCAGCUUUUAUCCACAUUAACCCCAUGUUGUUGUCUCUCCUCCUCGCUCCACUGCACAUGGGACACGCUGGUGUCCAGGACUCUACACCUGAGGAGGAGGACUCUCCGUUUCUUCUUACUUUCUAGUUUUAUUAUUUUGUUGGGGGAGGGGGCUGGGGAUUUGCGGAACUGAGGGGCUCCCCACUUUGCAACCAACGGGCGCACACCAACAGAUCAUGAAGUGCUCGGGUUUCUUUUUAUUGGAAGAAUUGCGCAUGAUUUAUGACUAAUCUGACGGACAGAACUGGUGACUUUUGUUUCCCUUCUCUGCCAAGACCCCCCCUCCCUUCCUGAAACCUAAACUCUGAGCCAACAACCUGAUCUUAUUUUUAAGUCGCAUUGUUCACCCCAGUCUUACUUUUUUUUUUCUUUACGUUUAUUUACUUCUCUUUUUUUUUUUUUAA